UCACAACAAAGAAACACCAUCCCCCUUUGAAUCUCUUAUCGUCCUCGUCGUUCAGCACAGCGAGCAAACACACCAUGCUUGUCGACAACGCCGUCCAUCAGCCCUUUUCUUUUAACAAUCCCAAUUUCGAUGAUUUUUUCAACAUGGAUCUUUUGGGUGGCUCGUCUCAGAAUGCUGCCUCAACAUCAUCGUCUCCCCGUUCCCCUCUAAGUGCUUUCAGCACACUCCCCCUUACACCUCCUCAGAGCAUGCUCCCCCCCUCUUCGCUUGCAGUAAACUCGUCAGAUCCUGAUUCGCUUUUUAAUUUGUUCCUCGAGGACGAAUAUUCCAAGAUGGACCCGCUUGCCCCCUCUGCAAUCAACCCAUCAGUCUCUCCAUACGACUUUUUUGGUGCCUUUGGAGGACUCCCUGCUGCCUCGAUUACUUCUGG